UAUUUGAGCCAGGAAUCUUAUUCACAUGUUUGUAGAAGGACGCCAGGGUAUCGGCUUCUACAGUUUGGCAGGCUAGCUUGUCCCAUGCUCCCACUGCCCUUGAAGUGAAGCCUUAUUUCCUGUUUUGGGGUUUACAUGAGCAUUCUCAUCCAACUGUUCCUUGACAGAAGCCAGAGUAUUGGCUUCAACAACGUGGCCGGAUUGAUUGUUCCACACUCCCACCUCCCUUUGCGUAAUGAAGUUGAAAGUGUUAAAUGCCCUUCCCUGUAGUUUCCACCUCUGUCCACUGGAUGGUGUUUCCCUGUUGAGUCUGCAGGUCUCUGAGUUGGAACUGUCAAUGUCUUUGGUAGAACAGUCCUCCCACAGACCACCUGUGCCCAAAGGGGGUUUUCCUCUUCGGAGGUGGGGAGAUAUGUUUGCCCAGCUGUCACCCUGAUCAUCAUAUGCACUCUCUGUCCCUGGAGCAGGUGCAGGAGGCACUGAAGGCCACAAAGGAGGGAAUUCUGGAGAGGCAGAGGGGGAUCGAACGCCUGGAUGCUGCCACUGAGAGCCUGAGGGCAUCUCUGGCCCAGGAGCGGAUGGAGUGCGAGCAGACCCUGGCGCAGCUGGCCGAGAGCCUGGCGCAGCUGAGCGGGCAGGCAGCCGAGCUCUUCCGCCGGGCGGAAGAGGAGAGCGUGAGCCGCUCGGCGGAGAUCCGCCAGCACCUGGAGAGAGAGCUGUCCGAGCUGAGGAAGAGGGAGAACAGCUGGAGCCAGCUGGCACUGAGAGAGAGCACUGGGGAAGAGGCGCUGGAGGCCCAGACCCCCGCCGCGCCCCUGCCCAGCGAGCCCAGCCACUACGAUCUCACCACGCUGUCGUUCGGAGACCUGAGGGCCAUGCUGACUGCGCUACACAGACGCCUGGAGGAGGUGUGCACACAGGAGCUGCAGAGGGCCUGGAGACCAGUGACUGUAUUUGCCUUCAAUCCGAUGAAGACCAAACUCCAAGGUGGGUGUGUCAUCUCUACUUCAUAUUCCCACAGCAUGUUUCCCCUGUGCAUCCUCUCAAUGGCAAUGAGUUCUUCAUUCCCUCUGUCAUCCAUGGCCACAGGUCACAGGACCUGAUCACACUCAGACCUCAGCUGCAGGACAGGACAGGAUGUUCAGUGUCUUGUAGGACCUGAUCACACCCACACCUCAACUGCAGGA